AUGACGCGCAUGGUUGCGACGCUAGAGCGCGCCAGAGCGCCGCAGAGACCCGUCAGCUCGGACCGUCCCUCGCUAUCAGCGCCCAUGCGUAGCUCCGCCUCAGCACCAGGAAGCCGCCAGACAUCGCCACUAGCUCGCCCGCGCCCUAUCACCGUCGCAGAAGACGACGACGACAGCCACAAUCGGGCAACCCACGUGGCAUUAGGCCCCAUCAUAUGGUACCAGAGCAAAGGUUGCCACGAAUUUGACCCUCGAAUCUCUCCAAUUUCGCCCAAAAAAUUUCCCAAAAAAUUGCCCCAAAAAAUAGCUCGAAAAUUGAUCUCCGGAUUUGUUUCGGUUUUUGUGGUUUUGAUCCACAGAUCUGAUGUUCCUAGUGCUGAUCUACCGUUUCCCCCAUUUUUCCCCAUCAAUUCCUUCCAAUUUGGUGCGAAUUUGAGCGAUUUCGGUCCGUUUUGGUCAAGAACUGCAAGAACGACCCGCGCUCAUCUCCUGCAAAUCUUGGUCAGCGCGUCCUGGCCGCUCCUCCCUGGCCGCACCAUCGAGCGCCUCCUCCGCAGCACGCCUACGCGGGCCAAGCCACCAGCCGCCGCCUCGCAACCACCAGCGCGCGCGCCCGCAUGCGGCCUCGCCCCGGCCAACCUCAACCUCGCCCCGCCUGCCGCACAGCUCCCGCUGCCUGAGCUUCCGCCGACGCAGCUCGCCUGGCCUCCACCAGCCGCCGGCCGCCCGCUGCAUCUUCCACCGCUGCGCCCCAACACCUGCUCGCCCUGCUCCUCUGCUGUGCCACGCGCGCGCGCAACCAGCUCCAAACCACCGCCCGUUUACACUCACCUUGCAGCAGCGCAGCGCGCGACACCCGCUCCUCGCGCCCAGCUCUGGCCUGUCCCCGCGCGCCUCCGCUCACCACGCGCGCCGCCAGCAACAAAGCCGGCCCGCACGCCCGGUCGACCGGACGUCACGCCGGGAAAAUCAGCUCGGACCGGGCGCCAACCGGGCGGCAACCGGAUGGUCCGGCCCAGGAUCCGGUCAAACCGGCCCCGACCGGAUUUCACAAUUUUGACCAUACUUUUGUCCAAUUUUGACUCCACUUUUUGCUCCAAAUUUUGACAACUUUCCGGAGCCCGUUUGAUCCCAAACUUUUACAGCCAUCUCACAACAUCGUCACUCUAAUUUUGACACCUUUUCCGAAAUUUUUGGACCCCAACUUUUGACCGCUCGUUUUGACCCAACUUUUCGGGCAUUGACUUAAUUUGCCCGGUUUCUGUUUUAGAGUGCCUUUGGUCCGUGAGAACCGCUUCCGUGCCUACAUCAACACCGCGACAAAGGCAUCGGCACCCCGGAUUCCGGCGCAUCUUCGACACCAUCGUCACCACCACUUCGCAUCGCAAGUUCGUGUGCUUGACACCGCCUAACGUCAAUAGGUAUAACUUGCCCCCCUCACCCCUUGUAGCCCCUUUCUUCCUUUGCGUACCUAUCCCAUUGAGAGUGGCUUUCCGAGUGUUGCGAAGCAUUGCACAAGUGUCACGACCGUGAGAGGGUGUGUGUGUGCGUUGUGUUGAGCAAAGCUCCGAAGCAAGCUCGGUGAGAAAGAUACACAAAAGAAGAAAAAGUGUGAUAUAUACAUAGAGAAAAAAUAAAGCUUCUAAGCAUAGAGAAAAAAAAGUGAAAAAAAAGAGAAAAAGAAAAAAAGGAAUAGAAAAAGAGUGUGUGUCCACCGAUACAAAGGAGUGCAAAGUUUGUGAGCACUAAGAGAGAAAAGAGAAGAGUGGCAUCUUGUGCAAAUCUUGUUGCUUCUCUCAUAUGCAACCAAGCUACCGUCUCUCUUGUGUUGGCGUGACACCGAGCUAAUAGUCUUCGUUAGGACCCAUUUUGUUCCUUGCUCACUUCUUUGGUCGCGCUAACCCCAUUGUUCUUCCUUGUGUGUGUUUCCGUGUUUCCUUGACAUAGAUCACCACUUUUGACUUUUGACUUUGGAUCUUACCCACAUUUGACAAUAGACUUUUCCGUUGACCUUUUUCGUUUGCUAUCCACCCCUUACCCACCACAUAUAGAGUUCUUAGCCUUUUGCGUGUGCUUUGAGUGUGUGUGUGAGUAACCCCGAUACAUUUUGGCUUUGCUCUUGACUUGAACCAUUUUUCCGAUACUUUCUUCAUUGGUGAGAUACAUGUGUAGGUUUCCUUCCACCACAUACACAUACACCUUACCUAGUGAGAGAUAUACAUGAUGACCCCACAAGAGCAAGCCGAGAUGAGAGCAUACUUCGCCGAGCUAGAUGCUCGAGAAGCCCAUAUGACACCCAAAGAUAAAGCGGAGUGCCACGCAUACUUCAAACACCUUGAGAGCAAGAGUGACAUACCCCAUGAGUCGAGUGAGGAUGUUUCGAUUUCUAACAACUUAACCUCUACUCCUCUUGUGUUGUCUUCCUCUUUGCUAGGUUGCUCGGAAAUCGGCGACGCCAUUGCCAUGGAGAUGAGGGACUCCACUAUAUGUGAGAUGAGUGACUCCACUAUAUGUGAGAUGAGUGACUCCACUAUAUGUGAGCUUGAUGAGUGCCUCCACUUCGAGAGCAUGAGUGAUACACCAAGUGAGAUGAGAGUGGUAGUUGAUAGGUCAUGUGAGGCCAUUUCAAGUUCUAACAACUUACCCUCUACCUCUAGUGUGUUCUCUUGUGUCUCAUUAGGUACCAUGGAUGACGAGACGCCGAUCAUGGAGAAGAUGUACAUGGUGCAUGAAGAUGAUGAUAUCACACCAUGCUUGUUGCUUGAAGAUGAACAUGGAGGCCACAUGGAGCCUACCACUCCCACAACACCUACCUCAUAUGAGCGGGACUACAAAGGUACCUAUAUGGUUGUUGAUGAUGCCAUGAUCCCACUAGUGGACAUGAUGAUUUGUGAGUGCUUGCAUGAGUUGGAUGAUCCUAAUGCUAUGUCAAAUGCUUCUUUCAUUUUCCCAUGUGAUGCUUUGCUUGAUAACAUUGUUGAUCAUGUGGACUUGAUUGCUUGUGAUAACAUGACCAUGCCAUGCUAUGAGUGUUUCAAUAUAUCUCCCAUUGCAUGCAACUUGUCGAACAAUUUCUCUUUCCCAUGUGUUGAUUGCAAUGUUGAUAAUGAUGCUUGUGUUGUGACAACCUUGCCGAACAAUUGCUCUUUCCCUAGGUUUGUCAACAACAAUGAUGAAACUUUGAACAUGUUUUGCUCACAAUGCUUGCAAUAUUCUCCCAUUAAUGCAACCAAAAUGUUGAAUACUUGCUCUUUCCAAUGAUUGGUUUGCAAUGAUGUUAAUAUGCUUGUGAACGAGAUUGCCCCCAUAGCUCUCUCAAAUUUUGAAGACUUUGCAUAUAUCCAUGUUGAUCAUGUUCCCAUGUUUACUCCGCAUAUUCACCAUAUCUAUUAUGAUGCUUGGCUUAACGCUAAUGGUGAUGUGCAAAAGAAAUGGAACAUCAUGAUGGAUGAUGUGUUCAUAUACCAUGCACACACGUUCUUUGUUUUGCCUAUGGUGUGUGUAGGUACACGAAAGACAAGGUCAACCUCGAUUGAGCACGAGUUGACCAAAAGAGCUCUUGAGAGCAUAAUACAAGUACAAGUGACUUGUGGAUGAGCGUCAACAAAUGGGUUCAACCCCACACUUCGACUACACAAGAUCUCUCCAUGAGAGCACAUCGACAUCUUACUAAGGUGACCUCCUUCUACUUGCGCUCUUUUGCUAAACCCGUGGAACAUUGGCUAUGCUUUGAGUGUUGCUUGGCUUUUCUUGUGCUAUUGAUAGGGCUCUUGAAAAGUGAAGCGACAUUCAAGCGUGGUUGUCAUCUACCUCCUAUACAUGUUCAUGAAGAGCUAUCGUCGAGGACGACUCUUUUUCAAGUGGGGGGAGAUGAUACGGGGCGACCUUCGGUCUCCACCGCAUCAUGUGCGUCAACGCCGACACAUCACGCAAAGGUGAAUCUUCUCCUUUAUGCGUGCCUACAAUUGUCUCUGAUGAAUGGUAUGCUACUUCAUCCUCCUUCAUAUGACCAUGAUAGGAACACAUCGCCAAGUACGGAGGAAGUGGACGACACCAUGGAGGCUCGAGGAUUCAAGGCCGAGGUCGUGGAAGCAUGGAAGAGAACGUCGAGGAUAAGGAGACGUGCCAGGAAGACCGGCACUGCCGCACCGCCACUACGCCUGAGGACGACGGCACUGCCGCCCUACCUGCGUCGGCCCUAUCGCCCUACCUGUGCUGGCCCUGACGCCCCACUGCAAGGAGCAUCAAAUCUGAACCCUUUAUCCCUUUGUAUGCCUAAACUACCCCUCCUUUGGUGGCUCCCUAUAUAUAGGCUCCCACCUCCCCCUUCAUUAGGUAAGAGUUGAACUUGAGAGAACCUAGGCUUAUGCCUCCACCAUCCCUUUGGGAUUAGGGAAACCCCCUCCUUAGAUUACCCAAAUCUAUUGUACAAGGCACUCCUUAUAUGAUUAGUCUCUCACACUUGUGAUUCUA